UGUCCCGAGUAGCUGAUCCCAAUACACCGACAGCUUCCGUCGCUCCUCACCGCUCGAUACUGAUCGUCUUAAAAUAAACCCCGAACUGGUGCAAAGCUUCGUCAUCAAGCUCCCUCUUCGCCGCACUCCUUAUCUUGUUGGUUUCGGCGGAGAAACGGACGAACGAAAGCAAAAGGUGGCGAUCGGCAAACAGAGGCUUUCUUUCUCCUCUUUGCCUCCCCUCAGUGCCUUCCUUUGUUCGUUUCUUGCGUCAGUCGGAGUUGACUUCGUGUAAGAUCGUGUCGAUAUUUUCUUAAUAUCUUGCUCCUUUCCGUUCGAAGACCCGCGAAUCGUAGUCGCAAAAAGCGUUUCUUUCGGAUCGGAAUCAAUUCCAGAUGCUUCUUUCUUGUAGCAGCCAAUAACCGCAUAAAGGAAGCUUCUCUUGGGGAUCAAGAAAGACAGUGCCUCCAAUGACGGGAUGCAAUCGUGCCAUCUGUAUGGAAGAGCUGCCAGCUCAUCUAAUUCUGGAGAUACUGAGCUCUGGUCAUCUAGGUGCAGCCGACCUUGCAUGCUUCGAGGCAACUUGUCGGAUGUUCUGUGGUGAUCAUGGGCUUUUUCCUGACAGGUUUCAAUCCAUGGUUGAAAUCGCUGCAUUCCAUCUUUGCAAGGCACAUUCUAUAUUCAGUUCUUUCCCUCCAACUGCACGAACUAAGCUGCUUGAUCGUUGUGGUGGAAAUUGGAAAAAGGUCCUGAAGUUCUUGCAAUCUGUGGAGCAUUCUUCCAGCAGUGUCGAGACAUCAUCAGGCAAUAUGCAGGUCACUGCUGGAAGAUAUCACACACUACUAGUUCAUGGCUCAUCAGUGUACUCUUGUGGAUCCAGUUCAUGCGGGGUACUUGGUCAUGGUCAAGAGAUAACACAAUGUGCUGCAUUCAGCCGCAUUAGUCUUCCAUCUCAAUCUUUUGUCACCCAUAUCUCAGCCUCUCACAACCAUACAGCAUUUGUCGUGCAAUCUGGAGAGGUGUUCACUUGUGGUGAUAAUUCAUCAUUCUGUUGUGGUCAUGGAGAAGUAGGUCAUGCCAUAUUCAGGCCUACACGAAUCGAAGCACUGAAGGGGAUUCCUUGCAAGCAGGUUGCCACUGGGUUAAGCUUUACUGUGAUUCUUACAACGCAAGGCCAAGUUUACACAUGCGGUAGCAAUGCACACGGCCAACUUGGUCAUGGCGACACUGUAGACAGACCAACUCCAAGGAAGAUUGAACUGUUUGAGGGACUGGGACAUGUGGUGCAGAUUGCUGCAGGUGCGAGUUAUACCUUUGCUGUGACAGAUGAUGGGGUAGUUCAUUCUUUUGGUUCUUGUACCAAUUUUUGCCUCGGGCAUGGGAAUCAACAUGAUGAACUUGUUCCACGUGCCAUCGAAUCAUUUAAGAUGAGGAAUAUUCAUAUAAUACGUAUCGCUGCCGGAGAUGAGCAUGCAGUGGCAGUUGAUUCAAGUGGAUAUGUAUAUACAUGGGGUAGAGGCUAUUGUGGAGCCUUAGGCCAUGGGGAUGAAACCGAUAAGACCAGUCCGGAAUUAUUGACCAGCCUGGAGUGUCACCUUGCCGUGCAGGUGUGUGCAAGGAAAAGAAAAACCUUCGUGCUUACUAAUGAAGGCUGCGUUUUCGCCUUUGGAUGGACGGGUUUUGGAAGUUUGGGGUUUUCUGACAGAGGAAUCUCUGACAAAGUUCUCCAGCCAUGUAUGUUGGACAACUUGAGACCCCACCGCGUCUCCCAAAUCAGCACUGGACUGUACCACACUGUUGCAGUCACCAGCAGAGGUCUCCUAUUCGGGUUUGGGGACAACGAGCGGGCACAGCUUGGGCAUGAUGAGAUGCGAAGUUGCCUGAAGCCAGCCGAAAUAAUGGUUCAUCAGGCAAUGGACGAUACGUACAUUGAAGUGCAAGAUAAUUGAAGAUUUUGUUGUGUACGUAUAUGCAUUUUGUUCAGCUUCCAAAUGAAUGUAGAGUGGUCAUGGAUUCUGCUAAUGUAGUUAUUAAUAAAUAAGAGACUCCAAUAUGUUUUGGUUCC